AUGGAACCAGAAAACCAAACAGCAGUCUCAGAAUUCCUCCUCCUGGGACUCGCAGAAGAACCAGAGCAUCAGACCCUCCUCUUUGGGCUGUUCCUCUCCACGUACCUGGUCAUUGUCUUUGGAACCCUGCUCACCAGCCUGGCCAUCAUCACAGACUCCCAUCUCCACACGCUGUACUUCUUCCUCUCCAAUCUGUCCCUUGUCGACAUCUUCUUCUUUUCUAUCACUGUCCCCAAGAUGCUGGUGAACCUCCAGACCCAGAGUCAGGCCAUCCCCUUUGCAGGCUGCCUAGCCCAGAUGUACACAUUCCACUUGUUCGGGACCAUGGACAGCUUCCUCCUGGCCAUGAUGGCCAUUGACCAGUUUGUGGCCAUUGUCCACCCUCUGCGCUACUCGGUCAUCGUGAGCCCCCGUAUCUGUGUGCUGCCAGUAGGGGGGCCGUGGCUCAUCACCAACCUCCAGUCACUUGUGCACACCUGCCUCACGGCUCAGCUGACCUUCUGUGCCGGCUCUGAAAUCCCCCACUUCUGCGACCUCAUGCCCCUGCUGAAGCUCUCCUGCUUGGACACACACACCAAUGAGCUGGUGAUCUUUGCUUUCGGCAUCAUCAUGGGUGUCAGCCCACUCUCGUGCAUCCUGCUCUCCUACUGCAUUUUCCAAGCGGUCUUCAAGAUCCCUUCUGCUCAGGGCAAGUGGAAAGCCUUCUCCACUUGCGGCUCGCACCUCACCAUGGUGUCACUGUUCUAUGGCACCAUCUUUGCCGUGUACUUGCAGCCCACAUCUCCCGCCUCCUCCCAGAAGGACAAGGCAGCCGCCCUGAUGUGUGGAGUAGUCAUCCCCAUGCUGAACCCCUUUAUCUACAGCCUAAGGAACAAGGACAUGAAGAUGGCCUUGAGGAAGCCCAUCAGCAAAGGAGCCCCCUCUCAGUCCUAG